AUGGGUGGUGUCACUACAGAAGGCGUUGCUAUUGCGGAGCUAAUAGUAUACAUUCCAGUAGCACUGUGUGCCUUGUUCGUGGUCUUCCGCCACGGCUUUCACAAGCAGCUAGGAUGGAUCUAUCUCGUCAUCUUCAGUGGUAUUCGAAUUGGUGGGUCUAUCAUGGAAAUUCUCAGCACCAAGAGCCCCGACAACGCCAGUGAUAAGGAAUGGGCCACGAUUCUCCAAUCAGUCGGCCUUUCACCCCUUCUACUCUCAACACUUGGGCUUCUUAAGAGAAUUAUCGACGAGACUUCUGAACGGGUUCCCUCGGAUCCAACUUCAGGUGGGAAUCUCAUACUGCAAGGGUUUGCUGCUUAUUCUGGCAUCAUUGGGAGACUUGUAUCAAUCUAUACCAGCAAAGCGACCGCCACUUCCCGCCGAAGCAAAAUUAUCCAGCUCAUCCACAUCCCUGCCCUCAUCGCCCUCAUCUUAGCCAUCAGUGGUGGCACCGAUCAAGCCUCGUCCAACGUUUCUGACCACCAGACCGGCAAGGCAGAGACUAGAGCUGCCAUAAUCCUCUUCCUGGUAAUCUAUGUCGCUGCCUGCUUCUUCUGGGUCAUCACAGUCCGUGAUCUGGGCAGAAUGGUAUUGAGCCAGAGGCGUCUCUUCCUCGGCAUUCUUCUCGCAUUGCCUCUCAUCGCCGUUCGCUUGCUGUAUAGUCUGAUUACUGAUUUCACCAACAACCCCAAAUUUUCAUUCGUCGAUGGAGAUGCUGCAAUCCAGCUCGGUAUGGCUACAAUUGAGGAGUUCAUUGUGGUUCUCAUGUACACGAUUCUCGGCCUGAUCACUCCUCGCUCUACUAUUGAUCCUGCGGUGGGCGGUGGGAUCGUUUCUCAAGAGGCUUAUGGUCUUGCGACGGAGACUGUAAACCCCAGGGCGAUGGAUGCUUCCAGCUCUCCUUAUGAUGAUGUUCCCUAUGCUCACGCUGGGGCCAAGCAUGCUUAUAAUGCCGCGAAAAGCUAUUAG